UUCCAUCUCUCUUCUAGUCCAGAGUCCAGACGCUUUACGCAACUGCGGCGAGCCGGCGACGCGAUGCGUGCGGCGGCGGCGGCCUCCAAGGCGGCGGGGAAGGAGAAGAGCAGGAGGAAGGGCGGCGGCGGAGGAGCAGGAGGAGGAGGAGGCGAGCAGCUGCUCACCGACCAGGUCCUCUCCCUCCGCGCCCGCCUCCACCUCGCCCUCGCGCUCGGCCUCGCCAAGUCUGAUGGAGGUCCAAAGAAAUGGCAGUCUACUGAUGCUGGAAUACAGUCUCAUGUGCUCAAAGCAGCAUCAGCCUUUCUUGGCUGUUUGACCAAUGAGAUGCUGCGGCUUCCUCCUAUAAAGGAGUCAAUUUCGGAUAUACUCAUAGCACUGGAAGGUAUUCUUCAGUCCAAGAAUGUGUCGGUUCUGAUCCAAGCAACUGAUGUUAGCUUGAAGUUAGUUUCCAGUGUAGGAAAUUUAGCUCGCCAAUACCCGGUUUUAGAGAUCGUUACAUGCCUCGCGAGUCAGCUUUCUGCAAACCAGAUAACUAUAGCUGUCUCAUCUGCAAGUACAUUGAACUGCAUACUGAACACCCUAGCAACAGCGAGAAGUUCGAUUCAUGCAGAAAUUUGGGAAGCUUUGGAGAAAACCGAUGCAGUUACAAGUGUCAUUGGAGCUCUGCAGAAUUACUCCCCUGAUGUCCAUCCAUUAAACUAUCUGAUGGAAAUGAUGUCUCUGCUAAGAAUUAUACUGUGGAUUUGGCCUUCUUCGAGAUACCAUGUAUGGAGUAACUGCAACUUGAUGGGGAAGCUAGCACAAUACUGUGUUGCCUCUGAAAUGGAUGUUGCUGUUAGAGUCCUCAAGCUAUAUGCUGCUUUAGCUUUAUGUGGGAAUGGUGCAAUGGUCCUUCUGAAUAAUGAAGACUUGAUGGCUAAGGUUGGUGCGCUUUUGGGGAAGUCAAAUCCAUCUAUUGCUAGAAUUGAAGCAUUGAAAUUCUAUCAGAUUCUUUUGCGAUCUUCAAAAGGGUGCGAUCUGUUAAUGGCUGCACACUAUCAACACAUUAUUGAAGGCACAAUCAACGCAAUGUCUAGAGAUGAUGAAAGAUUGUUAACAAUAGAGGGCUGCCGCACUGCACUGCUGGUCCUUCGUUAUGCUGGGGAUCAUCAUCGGCUCUUUUGGUCUCAUGCUAUUGAUGAUGUAUUAUAUAAGAUUCUUACUGGUGGCUGCACCUCUUCACAUAAAGCCAAUCAGAUUUUGUGCCACGACAAGCUUUUUAAUAUGGUUUCCGAGAACUUUAUGGAUAUACAUUCUUAUGUGUGGGAUAUACUUGGAAAUCUAGCAGUACAUUGCAAAAAUGAGUAUCUCUCUGUUAGGAAAGGGCAAGACUCUGCCUUGCAGGCACUAAUACAUUGUAUUUGCUCACUUGCAGCAGAUGCUAUGCAGAAAAGCAACACCAUGAAAUUAUCCAAGGAUGUGCAUGAGCCAGCUUUGAGGGCUGUUCUGAUGAUGCUUCUCUCACCCAGUGGAUACAUUUUGUCUGAGGCAAGUUCUAAACUCUUACAUGUUUUACCUUUAGGUGAUGACUGUUUGAAUAUUCUGUUCACGUCGUUAGAAUCAAAUACUACAAGAAGCAUUACUGCAUCUUUUGACAAUGUCAAAAUUAUGUCCAACCUCAUGAGCCUAGCGGGCAUGGUGAUGUUACAACCUUCCAAUAAUUCCCUUAACAUGAGAAGAGCUGUAGCUGUACUAUCCACCAUUAUCAAGGAAUGUGUACACAAUAAUAUACAUAUCACGAGGCCAAAAGUUGUUUCUCAUCUGCAAUUUUGUUUUGAGGGAGGUUCAUGUUGUAGUCUUGUUAAAGAGUGGGAAGGUGAGAAUAUUGCUUUAAUCUAUGGUCUCAUGGUGUUGUUUAAUCUGCUGAAGAGCAUCAAUUUUGUUUGUAUCCACUGUAAAAGGAAUUUGGAUGUGGGGAUUGUGUGCAAUGAUUGCAGAGAUCAUUAUAGUGAAGGUCUGAUUAGAGUUCUUCAAAAUGCGUCAUGUCAAAACUUGAGCCCAGGACCGAAGUUGUACAUUUCACGUAUACUGAGUUUGUUUGGCCUAUGCGGUUUUCCAAGCAAGUUGGGAGGAAAGAUGAGAAGGGCCUUAGAUGAUAAUGAGCUAGCUGAUCUGGAACUGUUGCUUUCAAAUGGUGAAUCUUUAAAAGCUCAUACAGCCAUCAUUUCAGUAAGGUGUCCAAAGUUGUUGCCAUCUGCAAAAUCCCUUGGUAGUGAUGGAAAAAUUACUGAUGAAUGGGGCAGAUCAUUUUAUCAUGUUCGAAUGUCUGAUCGUGUUGAUAGUUGUGGCUUGAAGAAAAUUUUGGAAUACACAUACACAAAUUCUGUCAUGGUAGAUGAUGACAACAUUAAGCCAGUAAGGACACUUGCGAAGUAUUGUCACUUGAAAUCAUUACAAGAGAUGCUUCAAAAAGAGCAGCCUAGGUGGAACUCUGAUUGUCCUAGAUAUGAUCUUACUGCAGCACUUGAACCAGUUAAAUGUUCAUUCUCGGACAUAAUUCUGGAGGCUCAGUCAAACGAAGAAAUGAAGUGUUACCAUGGCUCAUGCCAACUCUCGACUUCGCAUGUUCACUGCCAUAAAAUUGUACUGAGCAUGAGCUGUGAUUACCUUCGAGCAUUAUUUCAAUCUGGGAUGCAUGAGAGCUUCUCAGAAGUUAUCAAUGUUCCACUGGGGUGGCAAGCGCUGAACAAACUGAUCCACUGGUUCUACUCAGGCGAGCUACCCAAGAUCGACCCCGAUUGCCGAUGGCGAAACCUGAACAGCGAGGAGCAGCUUUCUCAGCUGCGGCCUUACGCCGAGCUGUCAUCCCUGUCUGAAUUCUGGUUCCUGGAGGGAGUGAAGGAGGAGAGCCUGUCAGUGGUCACCUCCUGCCUGAGUUCCACCAGCACGGCCGCCUCCGUCGAGUUCGUCGUCUUCGCGGCGCAGCUGGGUCAGUGGGAGAUGGUGGAGGCCGCCGUCGGCAGCGUCGCCCAUCUGUACCCCAAGCUGCGGGACUCCGGUCAGCUGGAGCAGCUUGAUGAUGAUGUGCUCAACAUGCUGCGGACAGAGUAUGUCAGGUAUUCACUGCACCGGCGGUAGAAGUAGCUGAAUUUAACACGGGUGAUCAUGCUGGAUUUGCUUGUAUCGUGCACUGUAUCAUGUGGUGGCGUACAUCGAAAUGUGGUGAGAUCUGCACAGAUACUACAACAUGUAAAAUUGCAAUUGCAAUGAUUUGAGCUGUUUCUUGUGUUCAUAUUGUAUUUUUGAAACGAUUUUGUUCAUCUUGUGUUCAUAAAUGUUUCACAUUUUUUA